UGGUAACCUGCGGGCCCGUGUUUUUUGCGACAGACCGUGUUCCGUGCCGCAGCACAUCUUUAGCAGAUGAAUGCAGCAUAAACGCAUCGUUUUAUUGUUAUGGAUAUGCCCACUGGUUGAGCGUCACUGCACUUAGUCAUGGAAACAUCACGUUUACAUCCUUCUGCAUUUUAGUCAGCAGCAGGUGAUGCUGUUAUGCAACAUGCAGCCCUGGAGUUACUGGAAGAGUCCUGUCAGUGGGCCUUCCUGAAUCCAGGGGGUUUCCAAGCCCACCCAUGCCUGUCAUUCCCAUCCCACGGAGGGUUCGCUCCUUCCAUGGCCCUCACACUACCUGCAUGCACUCCGCCUGUGGUCCGGCACGCACCGCCCAACUGGUACGCACCAAAUACAACAACUUUGACCUGUACCUGAAGUCUCGAUGGAUGUAUAGUUUCGUCCGAUUCCUUCUAUAUUUUGGCUGCAGUCUUUUUACCUCCCUCCUCUGGGUGGCACUGUCUGCACUCUUCUGCCUGCAGUAUAUCAGCGUGCGAAUUUUCCUUCGCCUUCAGUACAAGCUGUCCGUCAUUCUCCUGCUGCUGGGUCACCGCCGGCUGGACUUCGGCAUCAUCAAUGAUCUGUUUAUAUACAGCAUGCAUGUUACAAUGUUUCUGAUCGGAGGCCUUGGAUGGUGUUUCAUGGUCUUUGUAGAUAUGUGAGAUCAGACUGGCUGUAUGAUCACUGUUAAAAGACAAGUCGAAAGAUGUGUUUUUUGAGCAUGCAACUUUUACACAUCAUGACAGAACUGAGAACAUGUGUGCAACACUUUUAAAAAGAGCUGAAAUCUUUUUUCCACCCAUCUCAUUCCAGUGUAAGAAAAGUGUGCAUGUUUGUUCUUUUUUUCUUUUUAGGUUUUAUAUUAAUUAAAUGUGUUGUAUUCUAACACUGUGCAUAGAGGAAUAUGAUUUACAUUUUGUUUUUAAUGUCAGUAACCCAAUGUUUCAUACAUUUUUAGAUCUGCAUAUGCCUCGAUUUAAUGCUUACGUUUGCUUGAAAAGGUGGUCUUUUAUCACGGUACUUCUUCCUUCCAUUUUCACGCAGAAAUAUCCUUCACUAAUGGCCUCUUUCAGCUUAUAUGCGGCAGUCAGACCAUAUUAUUUGUAUGGUGCCAAUCAGAGCAUGAGUCUGAUGUCCCAUGUUGCAUUAGUGUGGUGUUAUUGGCGCCAGCCUGGUAUGAAAGUAAAGUGAGUGAGUACAAUCUCCUAUUGUUUGAGGAUCAAACAUCAUAUGCCUCAUACUUGGCCAAGCACGCUCUUUUGUUCUGAAACUGAACGGACACCAGUGACAUUUCAGACAAGCCAUUGUACAGCUCAACCCAGAAGGGUCAGUGCCCUGAUGAACUGACACAUGUACAGCUACCUGUGUCAAAUGGCCGAACUCUCUUGGAGGGACACAUAUCUACUAGUGCAGACAUGCUUCAAUGGUUGUUGUGGUGUAGCACAGUUCAAUAACAUCUCAGGAACAGCAUUAAAACACUAUGAAUAAAAAUGGUGUAAAUCUCA